ACGAAACCUCAAAACAACGAAAUUAGCAAUGCAUCGAUUCGUGGCUGCAGUUGCCUUUUUUGCUGCAUCCGUGUGCGCAGAUCUAGUGGUCGACCUUCCGGACGGCAGUAUUCGCGGCUCUGAAAUCAAAGCCGAAAAUUACAGUUACUACGCUUAUCGGGGAAUUCCAUUCGCAGCACCUCCACUAGGAGAACUGCGUUUCCAGGCCCCCGUACCGAACGAGCCAUGGGAAGGAGUCUUAAAUGCAACGGCAACAAAAAGCUGUUGCAUACCGAUGUCUGUUGGUGCAAAUGGAGAUGAUGUGAGCGAAGAUUGUCUAUUUAUUAAUGUUUUUACUCCUGCACGUAACAUUACGGAAAAAUUGCCAGUCAUGUUCUUUAUAUAUGGGGGAGGAUUCUCAGGCGGGUGCGCCUCAGAUCUAAUUUUCGGACCAUAUCCCCUUGUUAACGAAGAUGUCAUAUUGGUUACGGCCAACUAUCGUUUAGGAAUAUUUGGUUUUCUAUCUACCGAGGACAGCGUAGUUUUGGGUAACGCCGGAAUUAAAGACCAGCUGCUAGCUAUGCAAUGGACGCAGAAAAACAUCGAAUAUUUCGGUGGCGAUCCCGAAAAAGUUACCAUAUUUGGAGAAAGUGCCGGCGGUAUGUCCGUUGGUGUCCACAUUGCUAACAAAAAAUCGGAGGGACUGUACAGGGCGGCGAUAUGCCAGAGUGGUUGUUCUUUAGCGAACUUAACUCAGACUCAGCCAGACAGUCCUAGGAAAGCAGCUUACGAUAUUGCAAGAUCUGUAAAUCCACUCAUUUCGGCGACGAGUACAACCGAGGAAGUCAGAGAUUUCCUGCAAAGUCUUCCGGCCGAUACAUUGGUGGAGGCAUUCCAAGCGAAUCCUCAAACCGGACCGGUAAUCGAAGUACCAGACGCAGACGCCUACAUCACGGAUCUUAGCUUCGGGAUUUUGGAAACAGGCAAUUUCAACCAAGUUCCUGUGAUAAUCGGUACCAAUUCAGCGGAAUCACUUCCUUUUGUAGCUCAAACACGCGGACUGCUUCUUUUGAGUGCUCUAUUGCACGAUACGGUUCCGUCAACAGUUGUACCUCCAAAUCUGGGACCUCUUACUUCUGCUGAACAAGACGAAGUAGUAGCUUUGAUAAAAAAAGCGUACACUGGCGAUUUACCGUUUCUUGCAGAUCUCGCUGGAUUUAUUGAGUACACUAGCGAUUAUAUGUUUGUGAAAUCGUCCCUGAAGCAAGCUGAAGUUCAGUCCAGCUAUACACCCGUAUAUUUUUAUGAGCUUUCCUUCAGCGGUAACAACGAAAUUCUUCAUCCCACUAUUGUAGAAGGCGCCGGAAAAACCGGUCAUGGCGAAGACAUAUUCUACCUUUUUGAUAUGCAAGAUUUUCCGCUGACUUCGUACGAAGAAUUCCGAACCAGAAGUAGAAUGACCAGACUUUGGGCCAAUUUCGCGAAAACUUUGAAUCCGACUCCGGAUCCGUCAGAUCCUGUGCUCAACAUAACUUGGCCUCAAGUUUCCGGGUCGAUUAUCCCGUACCUGAACAUAAACGAUACUCUAGAAAUAAAACCCGGCAAAAAGCAAAAAGAAAUGGCAAUGUGGGACUAUGUUUACUACAAUUACGGGCAGCAACCGUUUAGGGGAUUCUGAAUCAGCUACGUCAUUUUGUCUUAAAGUUAUAUUUGUUUUCAUGAGUAGUGUUAAUUUUAUAAG